AUGUUUGAACUAUCCUUAACUCGUACUUUCCAUGCGGACGGCCCUUCUGAUUCUAUUCUUAACCUUUUCCCAUACAAAUUGUUCUUGAUAUCCCAGGUUGUGAAGCAGCGCUCCGGCUGCCUGUGCUGCUGCCCCUCGCUCCUCCUCCUCUCUCUCGGCCUUCUCGCCGGCGCGGCCAUCACAGUCGGCAUCUCGCUACUAUUCCCGUGGCGCGCCGUGUCUUUAAUUACCUCGUAUGCGAGCACGGACACGCUUGUCAAGUCGCAGGGAGCGCUGUCGUUCUUAGUGGUGGGGGACUGGGGUCGCAAUGGCGACUACAACCAAUCGCUCGUGGCAGAGGCGAUGGGGCGAGUGGCAGGGGAGAUCAGUUCCAGCUUUAUGGGGCGAGUGGCUGGGCAGAUCAGUUCCAGCUUUGUGAUUUCAACGGGGGACAACUUCUAUGAGGACGGGCUGACAGACAGCAGCGACCCGCAGUUCACCUCCUCCUUCUCCGAGAUCUACCAGGCCCCCAGCCUUCGCACGCAGUGGUAUGCCGUCCUGGGCAACCAUGACUACCACGGCAAUCCCGAGGCACAGCUCGAUCCAGCCCUCCGCCUGCGCGACCCCCGCUGGCGCUGUGAGCGCUCGUACAACGUGAGGAGAGACGCGUGCCCCAAGUAUCUAUACGAGCCCUGUGAUGCACCGGUGGAGUUGUUUUUCAUUGACACGUCGCCCAUGCUGAUUGGCUACUGGAAACCCACGGCCAACCAAACAGAGAAGCUGAAUUUCACGGGCAGACCGGAAUAUUCCCUCUCAAUUCACUUCCAGAUCGAGUCACUGCGAGCAGGCCUUGCGUCGUCCACCGCCAAGUGGAAGAUUGUGAUUGGCCAUCGCCGGCUGACUCUCCCUUUCCACCCCUCUCUGUCUCCAAUCGUUCCGCUUUCCCCCCUCUCUGCUAUCACCUCCCAGACACUGCGAGCAGCCCUUGCGUCGUCAACCGCCAAGUGGAAGAUUGUGAUUGGCCACCACCCUGUGCGCAGCACAGGGGAGAACGGCGAUUCAGCUGAGCUCAUACAGUACCUCAACCCCAUCCUCAAGGUGAGCGACGUGAAGCACCACUUCUGA